CCCCGUCGCGUCGGGAAGCUUCCGGACUACGCUCGAACCUUGAUCUCCUCCUCUCCCUGCUCCUCCCCUCGGGCGCCGCCCCUCCGAUCGAUCCAUCCUGUCCGCGACCAUGAGAAGAGGCUACAGCUACAGUCCAUCGCCGCCACCAAGAGGCUACAGGGGAAGGGCUCGUAGCCCUAGUCCCCGUGAUCGUUAUGAUGGCCGGGGUAGAGAUCUCCCAACCAGUCUUUUGGUCAGGAACCUUCGUCGUGACUGCAGGCCAGAUGACCUUCGCCGGCCAUUUGCACAGUUUGGUCGUCUUAAAGAUGUAUAUAUUCCAAGGGAUUACUAUACUCAGGAGCCGCGGGGAUUUGGUUUUGUCCAGUACUUUGAUCCCGAUGAUGCUGCAGACGCAAAAUACUACAUGGAUGGACAGGUCAUUCUUGGCAGAGAAGUCGCAGUUGUUUUUGCACAGGAGAACAGAAAGAAGCCUGCUGAGAUGAGAACCAGAGAAAGUAGCAGGGGUCGGUCUUACGAUCAAUGUCACUCCCCUUCUCCAAGGGGCCGUCCAUCUUACCGUGGCCGAAGCUACUCAAGGUCUCCAUCCCCUCGGCCUGCGAGGCGCAGAUUCAGAGACGAGUCCCCCUUGCGCUCCCGUUCACCUGUGGACAGCGGAUCGAGGAGCGUGAGUCCUCCAUUGGAUGGGAAGUACGGCAGGUCCUCACGAAGAGAGAGGUCGAUUUCGGUUAGCGGAUGAACAGCAGUAGCUCUGCUCGGGGUUUAGAACAGACUUUCACGCGGUGAUCUAGUUUGCUAUCCCUUUUGUGUGGACCGUGCUAUCUGUGGAUUUAUGUAGAGAAGAUUGCCGUCAUGUAUCAGCAAGAUAUGUCAAACUGCGUCUGUGACUGUACUUCUGCACUAGAUUAUUCAGCGCAUAAAAUAAAUAUGACCCUGCA